GUACAGGUUCAUCAAGAGAAGAUAAGAGCCAUUUUGGAGUGGCCACCACCACGGAACCUUACAGAGUUAAGGGGAUUCUUUGGUUUAUGCAGUUAUUACAGGGGAUUUGUCAAAGGUUUUUCACAGCUUGGGGCACCCUUGACAGGUCUUACCAAAAAGGGGGCAUUCAGAUGGACUGAGGAAGCUCAACAGGAAUGAAGAGACAUGAUAUCUAAGUGUAACUGGAAAUUUGUGAUACAAUGGAGGAGUGCAGAAAGUCUCAAGAGUCUGAGAAUAUUGGAGUUUCCAUGAAUAUCAAUGAUGGAUUACCGCUACUUUCAGAAAGCAUCAAGAAGUGUACUGCUGGAAUGAGUUGCUGGGGCAUGACAGACUUAACUUUAGGACUUUAUAAAUUGUAUCAACAUCAUUUACAAGAGAGUGUUAUUGAUACUAUUUCUGGUUCACAAGUUCAAGACAUCAAGGAGCUUGGUGAAAUGAGCUACUGGUUGAAGUGGGCUAUUGCUUCCUAUAAAGAAGAUCGAAGGUCUAUUGCAGAGUGUUUACAGAUUAAUGAGCUGCAGAUUAAAAAGCAUGUAAGGACAUCUGCUGUUUUAAGGCCAUCCUAUUUCAUUGCAGUUGAUGAUGUAAAACUCUGUUUGGUGAUUGCCAUUCGUGGUACCCAGUCUACCACUGACAUCAUAACGGAUCUGAAUCCUCACAGUGAAAAGUUUGAAAAAGGGUAUGCACAUUCAGGGAUUCUUGCUGCUGCCAAAUGGCUUAUGGGGGAGGAGUCUGAAAAUCUUCAAAUACUAAUGAAAGCAUACCCUGGUCACAAACUUGUGCUCACUGGGCACUCUCUUGGGGCGGGGACUGCAUCUUUGUUGUGCAUGUUACUUCAAGAGGCAUUUUCCAAGGACGAAAAGAAUCCAGGCACGAGGCUUAUUGUUCCUAAUUCUAUGUUUGCAUGUUGGAGUUUUGGAUGCCCUCCGUGUGUAGACGAGAAACUUUCCCAAGAACAGGCCUCAAUUAGGAACAUCAUUCUUCAGGAUGAUCUUAUUGCUCGACUAAGCCCUGCUGCUUUAGAAGACUUACGCUCGGAGAUACCAAAGACUGACUGGCCCCAAACACUUACUACCAAUGACAAAAUAAAGAAGGUUGUAGAACUUGCGCAAGUGACCAGUGGAGUCGUGAAAGACAUUGAGGCAACACUAGGAUAUGAGCAUGGUCAUUUUUAUAAGCAGAUCAAAUCUUUCAGCUUUUCUUCCCUUUCAGCUACAAAGGAAAUCAUCAAAACACGAUUGGCUGAAGGUCAACAGCCUACAGAUAGUUCCAAUGAUCGAACAGUUUCUAAAUGGUUAUCUUUUGGGGCUUCAACUGUCAUUCGUUGUGCUGAAAGGUUUUCAGCUCCUAGUAUUAAUUGUGAGCAAAUGGGAACUAGAGUGGCAGCUACUGUUGUGGCAAACUCUGCAGCUAGAGAGGAUACAAGCAAUUCAAGUUUAUGUGAUGUGCGGCUGUAUGUCCCCGGAAUUCUCUAUCAUGUAAUACGCAAAGACAAUGCAAGGAAUGUGCAACAUCUAUCUUCUAACAAUCAAUUGUUAGGGUCAAACAACCUAGAAGAGUUUAGAGAAAAGGAAAUUGCAGAUGAAGAAUUGGCCAGUAGUCCUAGAUCUGUUGGCAAAUGUGAAGACAUAAACCAAAGCGUCUUUGAAAAUGAUUCAUCAAUGCAAUACACUGUUACUCGAGGUGAUGAUCCUGCAUUCAGAUUUAAACGAAUAGUACUAUCAAAUUCAAUGCUGUAUGAUCAUGGUUGCCAGAGCUAUGAAAGUGCCUUGAAGGGUGCAGUUAAUGCUGCCAGAAAGAAUAGGAAACCUUAACACACACAACUUCCCCUAGUUUUGUCUACUAGCUGCAUUGCUGGAUAAGGUAACAGCUCUGCUAUUAGCGUUAUUUCAAUUGGCACAAGCUGGUGUAGUCCUAAGCUUGUAAAAGAUUUCUGUACAUUUUAUGGAUGGGAGAAAAAAGGGGCAUGCACUGCAACAAUUUUAUAUGUUUUUGUACAAGAAAAAUGAAUUAUUUGAUUUGUGAAUUUCUGUAGUGUUAAAUAAAUGCAAAAGUAGCUCUUGCAGUGCAACUGAGUUCCAUGCUAGAUACAUAUCUAUUUUUUGCAGGAAACAUUUUAAAUGAUUUCCUUCGUAUGUAAUAUUUUUCAAUUUAUAUGAAGAUAUCCAUAAUGAAAUGUGGAAUUAAUCCUUUUAUUUGCAA